UAAAUUCCAUUUAUGUACCAUAAAAACAUUCAAGAAUGUUUUUUGCAUUUAUUUUUUAAAAUAUAACUAAAAACUUUUAGUUGGUUCAACUUAAUAUAAAAUUAGCCAGAUCCCUAUUUAUAGUUCGUAGGUAAAUAUGGCAUUUGUAAUUAAGACAGCUAAAACCCUAAGAAAUAAUUGGAAAAAGUCUACAUUUUUUGCUGUAGUUCUGACAUGGGGCGGUUCUUAUACAAAAAACCACUUUGAGACCCAAAGCUUGAUGAGACAGUAUUCUGAAAAAGCUGCUGAAUAUGGUCAUCAAACUAUUCCUGUCACAGUAAAACCCAGAAACAUAACAGUGGUUUUAAACCCAAAUGCAAACAAGCGUAAGGCACAAGCAGAAUUUGACAAAUACUGUGCCCCAUUGCUGCAUUUAGCAGGUAUCUCACUGGACAUUGUUAAGACUGAAUCUGAAGGCCAUGCCAAAGAACUUGUCGAGAAUCUUAAUGGGGCAGAGGCUAUUGUUGUAGCAGGUGGAGAUGGGACACUUUCCGAUGUUGUUACUGGAUUGUUAAGGAGAACAAAUAAGAAUGCUUCUAGCCUAGUUCCUGUUGGUGUCUUACCUCUUGGAAAAAAUAACACAGUAAGCCAGACUCUAUUUCCUGGAAGUUCCAAGUUAGAAAAAGUAAAAUCACUAGCAGAUGCCACUAUGGCAGUGAUCGAAGAAGUAACUAAGCCAAUAGAUGUUAUGAAGAUAGAAAUUCUUAAUGAAGAAAGCAAAAAACCUGUUUAUGCAGUUGCCGGUAUUAAAUGGGGAGCAUAUAGGGACGCUGAAGUGAAAAAGGAAAGUUAUUGGUACUUUGGCGGCUUUAAGAAAUAUGCCACUUACUUGUUUAAUGGACUUAAAAGCAGUCUGUCGUGGAAUUGCGAAGCACAGCUUCUCUAUAGUCCACCUUGCGAUGGCUGCUCAAACUGCUAUAAAGUUCAAAAUACUCAGCCAAAAUCCCGAUGGUUUCAAAAUUUUAUCAAAGAAAAUGAUGAUAAUAUAAAAUAUCAAAGGAUACACAAUCCAUCCUGUAAUGAACAACUGGAAAAGAAAAUCUCUACUUCAGACUUAAUGCUGUUUACUUCGAAUGUGAUUCCUAGUAGGAUACAGGAUAGCGAAACUCCCAAAUUAAAUUUAUUUAUUGGUCCUGACAGUGUUGACUAUCUCGAGUUUGUUAAGCAAGGCUGGAAGUCCGAAAAAGGGGAAAAUAGAGAGGUGAAAGAGUCUAUUGAAGCUAGAACUAUAGAAAUAAAUCCCGAAAAGAAAACAGAUAAAGUAUUGUGGUUCUCAAUCGAUAAUGAGGACUAUGAAGUUAAACCCAUCAGAGUUACGUUGUUACCCAAGAUUCUUAAAAUAUAUGUUAAAAGUGAGAAUGUGUAAGAUGGUUGUUAUAUUUUAUGAAUUUUUGUUUUUUAAUAAAGUAAUGUUUUUUUUU